AUGUCACUGACAACACCGAAACCCGAUAUGAACGAUACCGACGUAUCGAGCUUCCAGGAGAUAUCCGAGGGUGAUCUGAUCAAGAUUUGGCAAUGGAACAAAAUAUCACCAUAUCCGAUUAUGCGUUGUGUCCACGAGAUAUGCGAGGAAAAGGCACGGAGUCAACCUGAUGCACUGGCUAUUUCAGCUUGGGAUGGCGAAUUGCACUACGGAGAGCUGGUACAGCUCGCCGCGAAACUAGCAAAUUGGCUCAUCCUCUCUGGAGUACGACCAGGCAUGGCUGUGCCUCUCUGCUUUGAGAAAUCGCGGUGGACAACUGUAGCUAUGCUGGGUGUGCUCAAGGCCGGUGCGGCAUUUGUUAUGCUUGAUACAUCACUCCCCAAACAGCGUCUUCAGGCGAUUGUUGAAAGCGUGAACGCAGACUUGAUCCUGUCAUCUGUUCCAAGCAAGGACAUGGCGGUAUCAUUGGCUAAGACCGUAAUUGCCAUAGAUUCGACCUUCUUCAAGGCAUUGAAUAAGCUCGAAAGACAAGACCCUCCGCCGGUGCACCCAUCGUCAGCCAUGUAUUUAACCUUUACAUCAGGUUCUACUGGCGCACCAAAGGGAUUAGUAAUAACACAUACCAAUUAUGCAUCAUCUCUCUACUACCAACUGCCACUCCUGGGAUUCACAAAGAGAACCAGGUUCUAUGACUUCUCUUCCUAUGGCUUCGAUGCUUCGUUGAGUCACAACUUUACGAUCCUGGCCGCAGGGGGUUGUUUGUGUGUACCAUCAGAGCAGGACAGGAAAAGCAACUUGGCUCAAAGCAUAUCGUCUCUCUGUGCAAAUGCUAUCGGUCUUACCCCGUCGGUUGCCAGAAUGCUGAACCCUGCUGACAUCCCGACUGUAGAGAUGAUCUUAUUUUUUGGUGAGGCUCUAUCUCUCGCAGACGUUCAACGCUGGUGGGGUAAAGUGAAAAUUAGCAAUAUAUAUGGACCAUCCGAAUGUACUCCCUACGCCCUCAUCAACACCGGCGCGGCGAGCCCGCAGGAGGCUACUCGAAUAGGCAGAGGUGCAGGACUAGUGACAUGGGUUGUCGAUCCAGAUAACCAUGACCAUCUACUACCCCUUGGUGAAACCGGUGAGCUACUUCUGGAAGGACCACUAGUGGGUGAAGGGUACUUGAAUGACGCGGAAAGAACCGCACAAGUUUUUAUUCAUGACCCAGUAUGGCUACGGCAAGGUGCAUCCAAUAUUUCAGGACGAAGUGGACAACGUCUGUAUAAAACAGGGGACCUUGUCUAUUACAACGACGACGGAAGCCUGAUAUAUGUCGAUCGCAAGGAUACACAGAUUAAGAUUCACGGACAGCGAGUGGAACUCGGAGAAGUAGAGGUCUGCUUAAAGCAGCACAUGCCAGAAGCGAAGCAGGUUAUUGUCGAUACAAUUACAGUCAAACGGAAAGAAUCAAGUACAGUGCUGGCAGCUUUCGUGCAGCCACACCAGACCUCAGCGAAUGCGAAGGGACCGGAAAAUACUCCCAUGGAGAUAUUCCAUGUGCCACGAGACGUCAUACACAUACUAGCUGAGAGCCUGCCAAUAUAUAUGAUACCGUCUAUUUUCUUGUCUAUACGCGAAGUUCCCAGAACGAUGUCAGACAAAUUAGACCGGAAAAAGCUCCGGGAAAUGGGUGCUUUGUGGUUCCAGCAAUUUCCUAGGGAGCAAAACCACGUGGUCAAGGGGAAACCAACAUCCCACAGUCCGUGGGGCUACGAGACAAUUUCUUUCGGCUGGGGGGGUGACUCGAUUGCAGCGAUGAAGGUCGUGUCCAAGGUUCAACAGGCUGGCCUCGGGCUGACGUUUUCCGAAAUCUUCCAGUAUCCUACAUUUGGUAGUUUGGAAGGUCGGUGUCGUCCUGAGCGUGAAAACCAUGUGGAGACAAUCUCCCCUUAUUCUCUCUUGGAAAUUGGAUGGAAUGAAGCACUUCUCCAGGAAGAUGUGGCCCAGUAUCAGCUUGAUCCCAACACAGUGGAGGACGCUUAUCCUUGCACACCCCUACAAGAAGGCCUCCUGUCUCUAUCCUUGCAAAAUCUGGGAACAUACAUGACGCAAAGAGUUCUGGGAUUGCACCCGACUAUAGACACAAGAGACUUCUGUUGCGCGUGGGAUAAGAUGGCCCGGAGCACGCCUAUCUUACGAGCAAGGAUCAUACAACAUGGCGACAUGGGCUUCUUGCAGGUGGUCUUGAAGGGAGACAUCCAAUGGAUCCAUGCGAAAGAACUACAACAAUAUCUUGCAAGAGACAAAAUAACCCCGAUGGGCCUGGGGAAACCUCUUGUACGCUGUGCGAUCGUCACAGACGACAUAGUCAAUCGCCGCUGGUUUGUGCUGACACUUCAUCAUGCUGUUUACGAUGGAUGGUCGAUGCCACUCUUGUUCGAAAGAUUGAGCGAUGCAUAUAAUGGCAUGCCCGAGAGACCGACUCAGCCAGAGUUCAAGGCCUUCAUUAAGUACAUUCAGGGUCAGAGCCACGAACGCGCUAUUGAAUACUGGAGGGAUCACCUUGCCGAAUGUGACUGCGCACCAUUCCCAUCUCUUCCCUCGGCUGCACAGCGGGUUAAGACCAACAGUGAAAUCACACAGAAGCUACCAUCGAUAAGCAUACAUACACCUGGAGUUACGCCCGCUAUACUUGUCCGAUCAUCCUGCGCUCUCCUCCUCAGUUGCAUGACCAACUCUAAGAAGGUUGUGUUUGGAAUAACAACAUCAGGACGGAGCGCACCUGUUGCCGGUAUUGAAGGGAUAGUAGGCCCAACGAUUGCGACAAUACCACUCUAUGUAAACAUACAGGAGUCACAAACGGUUACAGAAUAUCUCACAACCAUGCAGCAGCACAUGACGAGCAUGAUACCUUUCGAGCAGUUCGGCUUGCACAACAUUGCUAAAACCAGCUCCAACGCUCAUCAGGCGUGUAUGUUUCAGACACUUCUCAUUAUCCAACCACAGGAAACUGGAAGGGUCGACAAUAUCUUUGGGAAGUGGGAAGAAUGGCACAAGCCGGAAUGGGACGACACUUAUGCCCUUGUACUGGAGGUGCAGCUUGGGACUGGGCGUGUCAACGCUAGAUUCGAUUCCAGUGUUAUCAGAUCGUGGAUUAUGCAAGACUUACUAGAUGGACUCAACUUUAUGAUAAAGCAACUCUGCACGGCGGUACCAAAUCGAAGGAUAGCAGACAUUGCACCAGUGCCUCCCCGAAGCCUUGAGCGCAUAUGGGAGUGGAAUGUAACCGUUCCAUGCCCGGUGGGAACUACUAUGACUGAGAUGAUUAAGAAACAGGUGGACGAACAGCCGACCGCUCUGGCGAUUCAUGCGUGGGAUGGAGACCUAACAUACGGUGAGCUAGAUCAUCUCGCCACAAGCCUCGCAACCGAGCUCGUCAAACUUGGGGUCAGUCCGCCCCUACUGGGUCCAAAUAAUGUGGUUCCACUCUGCUUUCAGAAAUCAAAGUGGGCAAUAGUAUCCAUCCUCGGGGUCCUGAAGUCUGGCUCAGGAUUUGUAUUGCUCGACCCUUCUCUACCCGAAUCUCGAUUACGUUCCAUACUUCGAACAGUAGGGUCUAAAACGCUGCUUUCCUCCCAAGCCUGCAUGGAUUUAAGCCGUCGGUUAUGCAAGAUGGCAAUACAAGUUGGUCCAGACUUGUCCACAGUUUCAACUCAUUUGAGAAUUCAUUCCAACGGUGUCAUGGGACGAACACAACUACCCUCCAGCCUACUGUAUGCUGUGUUUACGUCCGGUAGCACCGGGACACCUAAAGGAGUAAUGGUGUCGCACGAGAACUUUUGCUCUGCUCUCCACUCUCAAUUAAGGCUUUUGAACCUUACGGCGAGGUCUAGAGUCUUGGAUGGUGCAUCAUAUUCGUUCGAUGCCGCGAUCCAUAAUAUUCUAACCACACUUGCGGUUGGAGGGUGUCUGUGCAUACCAUCGCAACAAAGCUACAGGAGUGAUAUUGGCAGCGCUAUAGCUGCCAUGCGGCCUACGAUCUGUAACUUAACCCCAACGGUAGCCCGUCUGUUAGACCCGGAGACAGUAUACGACCUCAAGACGUUGAUACUCCUGGGCGAGCCUGUCACAAGGUACGAUAUUGACCGAUGGGAAUCGAGCAAUGUUCAUGUGAUUAACGCCUAUGGCCCUGCUGAGUGCACACCGAUAAGCACUAUCAACGCUAGUCCGUUCAACACAGCAGAGGCUACCCGGAUUGGAAAAGGUGCGGGUUUGAUCACGUGGAUUGUACAUCCUGAGAACCAUAAUUGGCUAGUACCGCCAGGAUGCACCGGUGAAUUACUCCUCGAAGGACCUCUUGUUGGCUUAGGCUAUAUGAACAAUCCAGGAAAGUCAGGAGAAGCAUUCGUGGAAGACCCCGAGUGGCUGCUCUUGGGAUCACCACGUCAUCCUGGCCGCCGUGGCCGCCUUUAUAAAACUGGCGAUCUAGUGCAAUAUAACGAGGAUGGCAGUCUGACCUUCAUGGGGCGUAAAGAUAACCAAGUCAAAAUUCGUGGCCAGCGUGUAGAGCUCGGCGAUAUUGAGUAUCACGUUCUGGCUUCUUUGCCAACGAAGGCGAUCGAGGUUGUUGCCGAAGUCGUUGGACUUGAGAAUGACGGAGAGCCGAAACCGGUGCUAGUCGCUUUCAUCCACAUGGAUAGCAAUGGUAUGCCUGCCAGCGAGGAACCGGCAAUGGCUACUAAGCCAUACCACCUGACCGAUGUCGUCCGGGAGCGGAUUUUGUAG